AUGUUAGAUACCGAUGAUGAAGAUGACGAAGAUUAUGAAUCAUCUGAACAAGAAAAACAGACUGUAAAUAAUUUUAUUAAAAAUACAAAUAAAAGUAAUAAUAUGAAUAUGAAUAAUAAUAAUAAUAUGGAUAAUAAUAUGAAGAAUAAUAAUAACAAUAAUAAUGUUAAUAAUAAAGUUAAUAAAAUAGAACCAAUAGAAAAAAGAACACCAAGAGUAUCAUUUGAAAGCAAUUUAAAUACAAGUACAACUUCAGAAUUAAAUACUACAGUUGCCUCAACAGUAAAGAGUAAUUUCUCAUUAAACUCAUUAGGUACAAAAACAUUAUCCUCUCCAAAAUUAUCGCCACAAAAUCAAAAAAUUUUCAACUUUUCAUUCAACUCAUCAUUUGGUGAUAAUAACGCCAACGAUGAUGAUGAUAAUAAUAAUGAUAUAAACACCUCAACCAUUUCAAUAAUACCUGAAAAAAUUAAAAAUAAUUUAACCACCAAAUCAAAUAUAUUUAAUAAUAAUAACAAUAAUGUUUUAAUCAGUAACAAUAGAACGAUCAACUUAGCCAAUAAACAGUCACAACCUCCAAAAGAACCAGAAUUUCAAAAUGACAAUAGUAGCGAUCAAGAUAGUGAAGAAAAUAAAGAAUCUGACUAUGAUGAAAACUCAUCCGUAUCAUCAUCACCAUCUGAAGAAGAACCAAUUAUAAAUAAAAAACAAUUAAGCAAAAUUGAAAAAGAAAGAUUAGAGAAAGAAGAGGAGAAUAAAAGAAUUGAAACUAUAAACAAAUUAAAAGAGGAAAGAAAAGAAAAAGAAAAAGAGAGAGAAAGAAAAGAAAAGGAAAGAAGAGAAAAGGAAAAAAAAGAAAGAGUACAAGAUAUUGAAAGAUUAGAAAAAGAAAAAGAAAAAUUAGAAAAAGAGAAACAAGACAAGAGGACUGAAAGAGAAAAAAGAAAACAAAAAAAACGAGAAAAGAAAGAAAGAAAAGAAAAAGAAAUAAUUGAAAAAGCUGAAAUAGAGAAAAGAGAAAAAGAAGAAAAAGAUGAAAUGAAAAAAUUAGAUGAGAAACAUAAAGAAGGAAAGAAAGAAAAAAUGAAAGAGAAAGGCAAGAAAAAGAAAUAG